AUGGGUCUCUUGGCGUCCACAUUCCUCCUCUCCCCUGCUCCCCUCUCUUUCACCGGAUCUUUCCGCACGACAUCGCCAAGAAGCAACGACACCCCGUUUCUGGGCGUUGCUUAUUAUGCUCGAAGCUGGGAUGGAUGGGAUGCGGCAAAGGGGAUCGAUCUAUUUGAGGCCGUCACGGUACAAGCCGCCAAAAGCCACCAACUAGCGGCGCAUCGAGGCGAGGGUUCCGUUCACUUGGUUGGGUUGAGAUUGGAGAGAUUGACCUGA